AUGGAGGUCCUACUACUGCUGAUCGCCCUAGCGGCGCCAAUUUCUUCGAUAAAACAACACGAGGGACGAGCCCAUUUCCAUCCUAAAGAGCCUCGACAACUCCCCAGCUCGCCCAUCCAAGGGUUGGGAGUACUGGCAACCCCAGCCCCUGUCGCCACAACCCCAUUUACUCCGUCGACUCUGCCCACAAUAUCGUCCUAUGCCUUUCCCACGACGGUGAUUCAGGAACCGGUUGCGACGGUAUGUCCUGACACGCCAGCUUCGUCAGCAAUAUUUUCAGUCCUACCCCGGUCUUCGUUAGGAGCCAACAAGACGCAAGGCUCGAUUACCAAUAGCUCAAGUUACAUUCCAGUCCGAGUGAACGCAACAGCUCUUCUUCCGAACGGAAGCACGACAGUCUUCUUAUCUACCAGCAGGGCUCGCGUACCGCCGACGACUUCAGCGACAAUACCUCCCAUGGAGCCCAGCGGAGCCGAAACAGCACGGAUAGUUUUAGACACGAAUGGAUGCCAGACAUUGUACAGCGCAAAAACCACGACAUGGUGCAGUACCACUGUGCAGCGGGCUGGAAUGAUACCUGUUCCCAUUACGGAUUGCGGUCAAUUCGUCACGUUCUCCAGUCAGAGACUGGUUGCCUGCUCUACGAUGGCUGGAUCGAGUUUCUCAAGUCCUUCCCUUUCACCUGCGGAAGCGAACGAGCCCAUGGCGUUCUAUGCUGCCCACUGGUAUGACCUUGUUCAGAAUCCUGUUCCCAACGUCGUUCAAGUCCAAGAUUGUCUUCCUCGAUCAAGCGGGUGGGAUUGCGUUACCUCGAGCGAAAGCUGGGAUGUGGUGACGAUCACGAGCAGCAGCACUGGGACCAGUGUGGCUUCAUUCUCAGGGCCCGCCGUGGUCACAUCUGGAACCGAUCAGUCGUCAUCAGCUCGGAGGUGUCAGUGCAGCGACUACAUCAGAGCAAACAGUGACUGUGCUGGUGACGAUGCCAACUACGAGAACCUUGUUACUCGACUCGUUGACCAGAACCACAGUGACCAUUCGGCAGACUUCAAUGGUCGAGGUAACAGAGACGAGGACUCGAACCUUGGGUGGUGGUUCAUCGGAUCAGAUCUCACAAGACUAGCAAAUUAA